CAAAUGUAGCCAUCUGGAUUCAAUAAAAACUAGCAAAGGAAAGCCUGUGUUCCUCCCCCCCCCCCCUUUAUGGAGAAACUGUCAAAACAUUCCAAUGGUGUGAGCUAGAAUCCAGUGCAGCAACUGCUAGCAAAGCACAAGACCCCAGGUACGGUCAUGGCUCCCCAAAAUGCCUUUCUUCUGCUGCUUAUCCUGGCUGAUGCCAUCCACGGGCAACAACAACAACAGUUGAUGGAGUACAUGGAAAGAAGGCUAGCUGUCUUAGAGGAACGAAUCUCUCAGUGGCAUGAUCAGAGCAGUCGUUACUCCAGUGAACUAAGGGAUUUUAAAAACAAAGUGUUGUCCAUGCUGGAAUCAGUGGAGAAAGAGCGAGAAACAAUCCGGGCAGAGGUGGAGAACACAGCUGUGCGGGUGGAUCGGCUGGAGCGUGAGGUGGACUACCUUGAAACCCAAAAUCCUGCUCCACCUUGUGUGGAGGUAGAUGAAAAGCUCAUGGAAAAUCAAGUCUCCACUGGCAAAAAACGCAAGAAUGAGAAGUAUGAGAAACUGACAGACUGCAGUGAUACUAUCUCCCAAGUGAAAGCCAUGAAGAUUCUAAAGCGUUUUGGCAGCACUGCUGGUCUCUGGACCAAAGACCCCUUAGGGAACUCAGAGAAGAUCUAUGUGUUUGAUGGCACCAGCAAUGAUACUGUGUACGUCUUUCCCAGGAUGAGAGAAUUCACACUCUUUUCUGCUACCCGAAAAGCAGCACGUAUCAGGCUGCCCUAUCCAUGGGUUGGCACUGGACACUUGGUAUAUGGAGGCCACCUUUAUUAUAUCCGGCGACAUGGAACAUUCCAGAUCAUCAAAUUCAGUUUGGCCAACAAAACUAUCGUUGAUAGCUCUGUCUUCCCUGCAGAGGAGCAGAUCCCUGUCUUUGGUCUUUCAUUUUACAACUACAUUGAGCUAGCAGCUGAUGAGGAAGGACUCUGGGCUAUCUAUGCCACACAAGAGAAUGAGAAGAACAUUGCACUAGCUAAACUAGACCCUGCAUCUCUAGACAUUGAGCAAAUGUGGGACACACCAUGCCCCCGCGAGAAUGCUGAGAGUGCAUUUAUCAUCUGUGGAGCCCUCUAUGUAGUGUAUAAUACCCGCCUGCCCAGUCGGUCCCGUAUCCAAUGUGUCUUUGAUGUCAGUGGCUCUAUGUCAUCUGAAGAUGCUGCCCUGGUCUAUUUCCCCAAGCGGUAUGGCUCUCACUCUAGUAUGAAAUACAAUCCCAAAGAGAGGCAGAUCUAUGCCUGGGAUGAUGGCUAUCAGAUCAUUUACCGUAUGGAGAUGAAGAAGAAGACUGAGAUCUGAGAAAGGCCAGGGCUCUGUUGGAGAGAGCAUCAGGGACAUGUUCCUGUGGCUCUGCCACCCAUUCAUGCCAGGUGGCACUGUGGUAUUUUCAACUCCCAAAGAAACAUGCAGCCAUUGAAAAUGGCAGCUUGAGUGUUAAAAAAGAAAGAAAGAUGGCUUCACAUUCAUCAGUUCUCAACAUGAAAUGUGUGUGAGUGUGCAUGUGUCUGUGUAUACAGUGUCUAUAUACAGUUGUAAUCAAACUAUAUAUAUAUGGUUUGAUUAGAACUGUUCUAUAAAUUACUGGAUGGAAUGUAUUAUAAACAGAAGAUAUUUACUAUAUUUCUUAAAAA